CUCCCAGACCAGGAGGAGAAGGCGCGUGCUGUGGCUGCUGUCAGGAAAGAUGGUGUCAUCUGUGUGCGUUGUGUUGAGCCUCCUGGCUGCUGUCUUCGUGCUGCUGCCGUCUGCUGUGCUGGCGCAGUCUUCAACGAGAGUACAAGCCAUCUCGGUACGAGAAGAUAUGUCAUUCACCCUGGAUUCACCCCUUGAUGUGCAUCUUGGCUGUUUGUCCUGUGUGCUGUGUCCAUCAAUGCAGCGUGUUGUACCAGCCACAGCAGGCUCGCUGCCGUAUCUCUUUGUGGUCGGCGGCAUUGUGGCACAGGGCAAAAGCUCCCUGUCUGUGCAGGUACAACAAACAGAUGGGACAACACACGAGUGACGUCCCAUGUGUGCUGCCCGUGUGUGUUGUCUGUUGUAGAAUUACGGUCCCGGCAGCGUUUCCCUGACGAUCGUCGAUGAGGACAACAACACUCUCUCAGCUGCGACCAUCGCACAGGAUGACUCGCUCACCAGUCAGCCGCCCUUUGAUGCGAGCAAUGAGCUGACCUUCAUCCUCGCGGCCGAGAAUGGGACAGAGGUCUUUCGACAGACAGUCAAGAACGAUCUGACGUACACCUUCGCCCCUGAAGCCAAUGAGAUUAUGAUGCUGAAACUCGACGUGACGACGAACAACGUCUUGCGGCUAACUCUCGGCAACCAGCUGACAUUCGACCUUGUGGCAACCAUGGAGCGACAGGGCGAGCCAGUGGAUGGCUCUGGGACAGUGAUUCAGCCGAGGGCCUCGCCCACAUCGAGUUGGCUGCAGCUGACCUUCCUGCAGCGGCUGGCUGAGGGCGACGAUUUCUACGUGUCAAUGGUGCCAAAGGACGAGGGCGAUGGGACGGGCGUCGUGGGGUUUGCGGCUAUCACUUACUGGCGGCCCUUUGCGAACGCAGACAGGAGAAGGAGACUGAAUGGCAUAGGGGGAAUGGCCAGGGUGAGCGCCUGAUCAUACGAAAGGUGAGGGAACAACACUGCUUACCCACUGUCUCACUCACUCACUCACUCACUCACUCGGGCACACACUGUCUCUGCUCUCGGUGGACGGCUGUAGGCAAGUUGUCGAAUAUCUACUUAGUGACCGUCGCUCUUUUUGAUGAUGUACGUUGGUGUUGUAAGGGGUGAGACGGAAUCAGCGUCUUGCGAAUCUCUGUCGUUCUGUGUGGCAGUACGAUCUCGGGCUUUUUGUUUUGUGUGUGUUUGUGACAUCCCAUCAGUGUAGAACAAUCUGUCCUGCAAGACAUGUCCUGCUGUCUUGCCUCUCCACUCCCUGCAUCACAUACAGUGCACUGCGUGCAGACAGAAUUUCUUUACUUGUACUGUAUGAUUUUCGAGGCAGAGAGCCAAAUGAAUGCGUUUGUUUAUCUAUGAGUGGGUGGGUGCAGUGCGGCGGGUGAGUGGAAAGGUACACGCGGCUGCGCCAGGCCUGAUCAUAGUGUUCGUCAGGCUGCGCCGUGUGGUUGAUCGACUUAUGCGUUGUGAGCAUAAAUGCAC